AUGUAUUACAACUACUACGGAAACUCCUGUGGAGGCUGUGGCUAUGGAUCUGGCUGUGGCUAUGGAUGUGGCUAUGGCUGUGGCUCUGGCUAUGGAUAUGGCUCUGGCUGUGACUAUGGCUGUGGAUACGGCUCUGGCUCUGGCUAUGGCUGUGGAUACGGCUCUGGCUCUGGCUAUGGCUGUGGAUAUAACUCUGGGUGCUAUAGCUACAGACCCUCUUGCUAUAGGAGGUGUUAUUCCUCUUGCUACUAA